GGGCUGCUGCAAUGUGGCGAUCAAAUGGUCUCCCCCAUGAGCACGAAAUUCAGGCAUGGGAUAGAGAGAGUUACCAGCUUUGGUUACGAAGUUGCGUCCGUCCAAGCGCCCAAGACAAGCUGACCGUAACGACGCCUCCGAAAGGAUCCAGCAUCACGGGUGUACCUAUGAGAUUGUUUUGGACCGGACCACACGAGUUCAUCCCUGACGGGCCCGAAAGCAUAUGGUACGCUCCACACGUGCAGAAUUUUCGAGUCCUCGAACCUGCCGAGCUGCCACGACCAUUUGUCUGUGGUGCCAUCCACGACGGCAUCGCCAUCAAUACCAACUUCUACCUGAUCUCCCUGGUGUCCACGAUUCGGGCGCUCGGCGGGCGCAUCAUCCGUGCCUCGCUCCCCAGGGAAGGAGGCCUAGCGCAGGCCAUUAUGGCAGCCGAGGAGAUCGUCCAAUCCGAUAAAGGUGGUGGCAUCCAGGAGCAGCACCAGCACCCCGUUGACCUGUUCGUCAACGCGACAGGUCUGGGUGCCCGCACACUCGUGCCCGAUUCAGACGUCUAUCCGAUCCGAGGGCAGACCGUGACGGUCCGCGGCGAAGCCAAGAACAUUACGACCAUGUUCUACCCGGGAGUGAAUGCGUCCAUCACCCCACGCGUCGGAUCUGGAGUGUCGGUGCUGGGCAGUACCUACCAGGCAGGGAAUUGGGACCGCAACCCGGACCCACAGGUGACCCGUACCAUCCUCGAGCGGUGCAAGGCUCUCGGGCCCGAGUUGCUCAACGACGACGGCGAGUUCGACGUGGUCAGCGUGGACGUCGCUUUCCGACCGGGGAGAAGAGGUGGGCCGAGAGUCGAGCUCGAGGAGAUCGUGAUCGAUGGUGCAACUGAGGAUGGCUCAGAGAUCAGGACAAGAGUGGUGUGUCACGAGUAUGGGCAUGCUGGCGGAGGGUACCAGAACUCUUUUGGCUCGGCUCGAAAAGUAGUGGAACUUGUCAACAGCUGGUUUCGACAAGAGAACAAUGUCGAUAGGGCGCGGCUUUGA